CAAGGCUGCGUGGCUGGCCAUGGCGACACCCCGGGCCCCCCGGGUCCGGCUCCUGCUGCUCCUCCUGCUCAGCGCCUCAGGUAUGACAAAUUACUCAACAGAGAUGCCAAGGAAUGUUUGCAAGGGGCUGAUCAAUAUGAACCAAUAUAAUCCCUUUGCCCUUGAGAACACUGCUGCGUGCUUUGAAAAGUGCAAACAGGAGGGGAAUGAGUCCUGUCAUCUGGGAAAUCUGCAAAGUUACUGGCUGAACUUGGAGCACUACCUGGUGGAGAGCAGCUUGCAACAGCUAGAGAACAUGUCUUUUUUGAAGGCUUCUAUCAGUGACGUCAACACCAGCAUCUCAGAAGAUCUGAACUUCUCUCUGACCCCCUCUCAGAUCCCGAUGGCCGUGAUAAAGAAUAAGGAAAAGCCCCCCGACAGAGUCCGGUUUCCGAGGAGCCUUUUUGCCUCACUGAGGAGCAGCAGGGAAGUGGUUCGGUUGGCCAUCACUAUCCUGGACAUUGGAGAUGGGGCUGUCUUUAAGGGCUCCCAGCUUGGCAUGGAAGACGGCAGCAGCGUGCUGAACAACCGCCUGGUGGGCUUCAGUCUGGGGAACCUGACAGUCACCGGGCUGGACGAGCCUUUGGAGAUCACCUUCUCCCACCAGCAGCAGCCACCCAACAUGACCCUCACCUGUGUAUUCUGGGAUGUGUCAAAAGGGUCAGCAGGAGACUGGUCCUCCAAGGGCUGCUCUACAGAGCUCGGGAACCAGAGUACCGUGUGCCGCUGUGACCACCUCACCUUCUUCACCCUGCUUCUGAGGCCAGUCUUGGACCAGGCCACGGUGGACGUCCUCACACGCAUUUCCCAGGCUGGCUGCGCGUCGUCCAUGGCCUUCCUGGCCUUCACCAUCGUGCUCUACAUUGCCCUGAGGUGGUCCAGGCAGAGGUUCAAGUCCGAAGAUGCCCCCAAGAUCCACGUGGCCCUGAGUGUUAGCUUGUUCCUCCUGAACCUCACCUUCUUCAUCAACGUGGAGCAGGAGGCCAAGGGCAGUGAUGUGGCCUGCCGGGCCCAGGGGGCUGUCUUCCACUACUUCCUGCUCUGUGUCUUCACCUGGAUGGGCCUGGAAGCCUUCCACCUCUACCUGCUGGCCAUCAAGGUCUUCAACACCUACAUCAGGCACUACUUCCUCAAGCUGAGCCUCGUGGGCUGGGGCCUGCCCGCCCUGCUGGUCUUUGGCACUGGAAGUGCCAACAGCUAUGGCCGCUACGUCAUCUUUAACCAGGAGAAACGCAUCACGCUGAAGCUGUGCUGGUUCAUGGAGGAAACUGCCCUCUACAUCACCGUCCACGGCUACUUCCUCAUCAGCUUCCUGUUCAGCUCUGUGAUCCUGGGCCUGGUGGCCUGGAAGAUCUUCACCCUGUCAAGCACCACUGCAGGCAAGGAGCAGGGACAGAGCUGGAAGUCGGUCCUCACCGUGCUGGGCCUCUCGAGCCUGGUGGGCAUGACGUGGGGGCUGGCCAUCCUCACGCCCCUGGGCCUGUCCACCAUCUACGUCUUCGCGCUCUUCAACUCGCUGCAAGGAGUCUUCAUCUUCUGCUGGUUCGUGCUGCUCUACUUCCCAAGCCAGCGGGCCGAGCCCUCCUCCUCCGGCACUGCUAACGUCAACCAGGCCCACUCCGUGUCUCGCGAAUAGGGCCGCUGCGUGGCCCGGCCAGGGCCCCGGCCUGCACCCCAAGCUCCGCUCUGACUCACCUUGUGACCGUGGGUGCUCCCAUGGGCCUCAGCUUCCAUGUUUGCACACUGUGGCUGGGGUGGAAGGCGUUGGGGGCCGGGUUGGGUCGCGCAGGCUCACCUGUGGUUUGGAGUCCGCAGAGUCCAGCUGGCACGAGCCUAAAGCCCCAUAAUCGUUGCACAUGCCUGCACACCACCCCUGAGCCCCUGCGCCAGAGCAAAGCACCCUGUGGGCCUGGGCCCAGCUUCUGUCCUCAGAGUGGACCUGGGCCCGCAUCGGGGAGUGCGUUGUUCUCAGCCUCUCCCUUCUCCUCUCUCUCCCCCUCCUCCUGCCCCACAGCUCCCACACAUGAGGGGCAUUCAGGAAGGGGGGCUGAGAGAAGUGCGCCAGCCCCAGGUUUGUUUUGGGCCCUUUCGCCCACCUGCCCCUAGCCUGCACCAAUCCCAACAGGGCCCAUCCUCACAGAAACCCCCUCCUAUCCCAGGCAGGGGCCCCCCGGGCCUCUGGGGACACUGCAUUUCCGAGAACAGCAACGUCUAGGGAGAAAAACACAAUGCAGCUGAAAUAAAAUAAUAGCAUUUGCUGGGGGUGUCUUAGAUUUGCAAGUCAGGAAGCACAAAUUCAGUAAUCAGCCCCAAUCGUGUCCUGAUGCGGUCUUUGUUCAAGGAAAAGGAUGGAGCAGGAGGGGAGAUCCGACC